AUGCACUUGUGGCCAGUUUUCUCAGUGCCCCAGUUCUGCUCAGCAGCUACCCUCUCCAGUCUGCAGCCUUGGACGCAGACUAUGAGCACCUCCUGGAGUUUGAUCCCACUUGAGGUGGAUUUGGGUUCCAGCAAGAUUAAGAAAAUUGUGCGUUCAAUUGUUGCAUCGAUUUUAUUCAGAAUAUUUGGAGUCCUGCUGAUCUUUGUGGAUAUGUCUCUUGUCAUUAUGGACCUACUUGUUAGCAAUAAUCCAGCAAAUGUUCCUUUGGAAUAUAGUUUCAUUUCGUUAGCUAUUGCUCUAUUUUUUUUCGUGGAUGUUCUUCUUCAAGUAUUUGUAGAAGGUAUACAAUUUUAUUUUUCUGAUAUACUUAAUACUUUGGAUGCUAUCAUUAUUGUGGUGACUCUGGUGAUUGAUAUCAUUUAUAUUAAUUAUGACUUUGGGAAGCUUCAUAAUAUCCCCAGGUUAACAAUUUUAUUUCGAUCUCUACGACUUAUCAUUCUGUUAAGAGUUUUUCAUCUGGCUUAUCAAAAAAGACAACUUGAAACACUGACCAGGAGGAUGGUUUCUGGAAACAAAAGACGAUACAGAAAAGAUGGAUUUGACCUAGACCUCACCUAUGUUACUGAGCGUAUUAUUGCCAUGUCAUUCCCUUCUUCUGGAAAGCAGUCUUUCUAUAGAAAUCCCAUUAAGGAAGUUGUGCGAUUCCUGGAUACCAAACAUCAGGACCACUAUCUAAUCUACAAUCUAUGCAGUGAGAAAGGUUAUGAUCCUGACCACUUCCAUUAUAGGGUACACAGAAUCAUGAUUGAUGAUCACAAUGUCCCCUCUCUGAGUGAGAUGGUGCAGUUCACCAAGGAAGUAGACGCAUGGAUGUCUGAAGAUGAAAAAAACAUCAUAGUGAUUCACUGUAAAGGAGGCAAAGGAAGAACUGGAACUAUGGUUUGUGCUUGGCUUAUUGCCAGUGAAUUAUUUUCAACUGCAGAGGAAAGCCUUUAUUAUUUUGGAGAACGACGAACAGAUAAAACCACCAGUUCUAAAUUUCAGGGAGUAGAAACACCUUCUCAAAAUAGAUAUGUUGGAUAUUUUGAAAAAGUGAAAAAUAUCUACCAGUGGAAUCUCCCUCCAAGAAAAACACUUAUAAUAAAAAGAAUUGUUAUUCAUUCAAUUCAUGGUGUUGGAAAAGGCAAUGGAAGUGAUUUGAAAGUGCAAAUAACGAUGCAGAAAAUGACUGUCUUUUCCUGUUGCGCUUCCAAAAACUGUUAUAUAUUUCAUGACCCUGAAAGGGACAAAGUAAUAAUUAAUCUACUCAACUGUCCAAUUCUGUAUGAUGAUGUGAAAGUGAAAUUUCUCUCCUCUUCAGAUAUUCCUAAAUACUAUGACAACUGCCCAUUUUUCUUUUGGUUCCAUACAUCUUUUAUACAAAAUAACAGGCUUUAUCUUCCCAGAAAUGAAUUGGAUAAUCCUCAUAAACCAAAAACAUGGAGAAUUUACGGUCAAGAUUUUGCAGUAGAGGUAUAUUUUGAAUGA